AUGAAUCUUGAAUUUUCUGUAAAAGAAACUGUAAUCCGUCAUUCUGGCGUAAUUGAUGAAAUUCAAUAUGAAUUUGAAGAAAUUACUACUGAAAAUGUAUCUUUUGGUAUAACAACGAAAAAAGAAAAACGUAGUCGAACAUAUGAUUUACAUAUAACACGAACACGUUAUAAUCAAUUAACUCAACACAUUCCUAAUGCAUUAUCAUUUGAUGAUUUUAUUCUUGUUUUACGUCCAUUUAUGAUGGGAUUUUACCAUCAUAAUGAAUUAGAACGAGCAUUUCAAAUUUUAGAUAGAAAUUCCUCGGGUUCAAUUGAUACCAAUGAAUUAGCAAAGUUUGUACCAAUUAUUAAUGAAUAUGCAACUAUUAAUACUUUGAAAAAUCAUAUUAGAAAAUUAAAUGUUAAUAUUGAUGGACAUUUAAAUUAUAAUGAAUUUCGAUCACUUAUAUUACGAGGUAUUGGACGUGAGCUGCUAUGUACUCAUGCUUAA